AUGAAAUAUUUUACCUAAGAUUAAGAGACAAAUUUUAGAGAUUAGUACACUUAGCUAACCCUGAACCGAGGAACGAUGCACCCUAUUCCCCAAUAUAAUUAAACCUAUUAAGGUUUACAAAUUUAUUCGAUUAAAAUAUAAAAAUGGAAUUAUAUUAAAAAUUUGUAACUAAAAUGGAAAUUUAAAGUGAAAAAAAAAAUAUUAAUUUUGAAAAGAAACAGAAAGCUAAUUUAAAAUAAAUAAUCAAAAUUGAUAGAAAAUUAAAAUAAAACGAUUUAUUUUCAUGUCUGUCUUGUAAAUUUUUUAAGUUAUAAAAUAAUUGAUUUGAUUUUGAAAUAUAAAAUAUAUCGCUAAUCUUUAACAAUAAUAGAUAAAAAAACUAUUUUUACUAUAGAUUCAAUGACAAAUCAGAGAGUUUACUACAUUUAGCUAAGCUAGAACAUAAAGCAGAAGUACCUUAUGCUCCUAUUGAAUUUGAACUAUUAAAUAUUAAAUAAAAUGUGA